UGUAAAGAUAAAACUAUCUUUGGAAUUGUCUGUCUUCAUUUUUAUAAAAGAAUCUCACAUAUUAUUCCAAUAUCAACAUCUCCAAGGAAUCCAUAAAAGUUAGCUAAUUAAUUCUAUAGUCAUGGAUACAAGAUUUUUUCACUCAUUUAUUUUGUCAAAAAUAUUUUUCACUCACUAAAACAUAAUUUUCCAGCACAAAACAAAAUUUACUUUUAAAUAAGCAUAAUCAAAUAAUAAAAUGGGUUCAACAAAAGUCAAGAAACAUAAUCCUUAUAUAUUUGAAAAAUCCAUCGUUUAAAAAUGAUAUAAUUAUUAAUGGGAAUAAAAAAUUUCAACGGCGAAAAGAAAAGGGACAACUUUAUUGUACAGCAUAUUUGCUUUAUUUGUACUGAGAAAGAACUUUUUCACAGUUGUAAAAUAAAAUAAAAAAACAUUUUAUAUUUCUUUUUAUUAUGCAAAAAAAAAAAAUCUUCUAUAACUAAUCACUCCCUAUCUCUUCUUGUUUCCCCGUCCCCUGUUCUCACCAAACUCACAAGGUCUCUUCUCUUCUCUUCUCUUUCUCUCUCUAACACAUGAGAGAACAAAAUUAUCAGCUCACAAUCGCAGCCGUUGAUUAUAUCGCCACCGUCGUAGUAGAAGAUGGAGAACACUCAAGAUUUCUCGCCGCCUCACAUGGAUGCUUCUCGGCCGUCACUAGGAUUCCCUCUCGGCACAGCUCUGCUUCUUAUAAUCAUUUUCAGCCUCUCCGGAAUAUUCUCUUGUUGUUACCAUUGGGACAAACAUCGUUCUCUCCGCCGCUCUUUGGCCAAUGGUCGUCCCUCCUCCGCCUCCGCCGACAUCGAGUCUAAUCCUUACAAACCUAAACCUCCUUUUCCGGACAUGAAGAAACCUCAGAAUCUGAGCGUGCCGGUAUUAAUGCCUGGAGAUAAUACACCCAAAUUCAUAGCAUUGCCGUGUCCGUGUGCGCCACCUCGACCGGAAAAACCCACCGUAGAUGUCCAAACUCCGCCGCAAUCGCCACCUGUCAAGCCACCGCGUUUUCCUGUUCCUUUGUAUUAGAUUUAAUUAGCUAUAAGAUAACAAAAAAGGCGGAAAAAAUGUCGAAAUAUCUCGUUUUUAUGUACAUAUGGAUCAUAAAUUUUACAAUUUAAUUUUUUUAUCACUGAUUAUUUAUUUUUGUAUUCAGUUGCUAUAAAAUGAAGUGGUCUGAUUGUGC